AUGGCAUUGACAGAUGUUCCCUCCCAGUCUACUCCCACCGAAGCCACAGAAUCUUCUUCUGCGAAGGAUGACGAACUUACCCCCCAAGCAAGAUUAACCACCCGCCGAUCACCACAAAGCAGAGUACCACGAACAACUCGCAAAAUCAACGCGCAGGCCACCAGGCUUGAAGCCGUUGAUGACUCUCUCGAUCCGCUCGGCCCGUUGGGUGACAAGUCCUUCUCGACCCCCUCAAAUCCCAACCAAGGACCCACGCCACCCCGAAAAGAACCUUUCUCCGGUAGAAAUGUCCGUCCUACCUCAUCGAGAUCCCAAUCAGCAACUGGCGGAUUGAUGGACUCGGUUGAUUUGAACGAUGAGGAACAGAUGGCACGUUCGCGAAUGAAAGAACCUCCUCCAGUUCAGUCUCCGGUUGAUGCACCAAAACGUCAAACGCAGCCUAGCAUGCCUAUCGAGCAGGCUGCGAAGCCAUCAUUUGAGAUCACGGUUGGUGAUCCGCAUAAAGUUGGGGAUAUCACCAGCAGUCACAUUGUAUAUCAAGUUAGGACGAAGACUACAUCUAAAGCGUAUCGACAACCUGAAUUCACUGUCAGCAGGCGGUAUCGAGAUUUCCUAUGGCUGUACAAUUCGUUGCACGGUAACAAUCCUGGAGUGGUUGUUCCCCCGCCUCCAGAAAAGCAGGCUGUUGGUCGAUUCGAUACGAACUUUGUUGAAUCACGGCGAGCCGCAUUAGAACGUAUGCUCAACAAAGUCGCCGCGCACCACAUAUUACAACACGAUGGGGAUCUUAAGAUCUUUCUGGAAAGCGACACCUUCAAUCUCGACGUGAAGAACAAGGAAAACCGCGAACCAGAUAUAGGGCAAAGUAAGGGCAUGUUCAGCUCAUUAGGUAUAUCAGUUGGUGGUCCGGGCAAAUUUAUUGAACAUGACGAUUGGUUUCAUGACCGCAAAUUAUACCUCGACGCCCUUGAGAACCAGCUGAAGGGGUUGAUGAAGGCAAUUGAUACAGUUGUUGCGCAACGAAAGGGCCUGGCUGAGGCUGCUAAUGACUUCUCAGCAUCACUCCAUUCCCUUGCAACGGUGGAACUUUCUCCCACCCUCUCCGGCCCCCUCGAGGGUCUUUCAGAUCUGCAAUUACGAAUAAAGGAACUCUACGAGCGCCAAGCCCAGCAAGAUAUUUUAACAUUAGGAAUUACAGUUGAUGAAUAUAUCCGGAUCAUUGGAAGUGUGAAGGCGGCCUUUUCUCAGCGGCAAAAAUCGUUUCAUAGCUGGCACGCUGCUGAGUCUGAACUACAGAAGCGGAAAAAUGCGCAGGACAAAUUGCUUCGACAGGGCAAGUCUCAGCAGGAUCGAUUGAAUCAGGCUGCUGCAGAUGUCGCGGAUGCGGAGAGGAAGGUACACCAGUCCCGACUUUUGUUCGAGGACAUGGGUAGAGUGAUGCGGAAUGAGCUGGAGAAGUUUGAAAAGGAGAAGGUGGAGGACUUCAAAUCUGGUGUUGAAACGUUUUUGGAGAGUGCUGUUGAAGCUCAGAAGGAGUUGAUUGAACUUUGGGAGACGUUCCUCCUGCAGCUCGAUGCUGACGACGAUGCCAACGCUUACUUCACGCCUGUCCCCACGAAUUUAGAAUCGAGACCUGGCACUUCUGAUGGAGGACAAGAGGUUCAACCUACUGCAACAGAACAAGAGUCGUAA